AUGUCGGAAAAGGGCACGCCCGUGGCGGAAUCUACUCCACCGACACGGGAACCGUCAAAGGGCGUGAAGUGGGUGAAGAGGGUUGUUCGCUUUAUUUUGGCGCAGUGGCUGUUGAUUGGGUUUGGGACGGCGUGUGUUCUUGGAUAUUACUUCCCUGGUGAGUUUGCCAUCGUUUUCAAACUCGCGAGUAGCCAGAAGGAGAUGCUGAUUGGGUUUGGUGUCGUAGGUGUUGCUGCCCAUGGAGGAACCAUCAAGUCCGAGUACAGUGUUCUAUAUGGAGCGGUAGGCUUUAUUUUCUUGGUUAGCGGAUUACAGCUGCCGCCGUCAAAAUUGAAGGCCAAUGCGACGAAUUGGAGGUUACAUAUUAUUGUUCAGGGGAUAAGUUUCGUUGUGAUACCUUGUAUAGUGCUUGCUGUUAUACACAUAUCCCUCGCAGCCGGCGCUCUCCAAAGCGGUACUCCUUCUAUCCCCAUCAUCGUGGGCAUGCUCACCACCGCAUGCAUCCCCACAACCAUCGCGUCCAAUGUCGUCAUGACACGCUCAGCGGGUGGUGACGAAACCGCUGCGGUUAUUGAAGUUGUCUUGGGAAACGUCGCCGGGUCUUUUCUUUCACCUAUUCUCAUAUAUGGAUUCAUGCCUCGAAAUGAGGAGUUCGCCUCCUGGGCACCGGCGGACCCUUCGUCUUUGGGGCGAAUGUAUGCCGAUGUGGCGAAGCAAUUGUGUUUGAGUGUAGUGCUGCCAUUGAUGGUAGGACAAGCGAUCCGGUGGUGGAAGGAAGAUGCCACGAAGAAAGUGUUGGAUGUGUUGAAGCUGGGCAAGGUCUCCGGGCUUUGUCUCGUGUUGUUGGUCUGGACUACAUUCUCGGGAGCUUUCCAGACCGGCGCCCUCUUCAAAUUAUCCAAACCAUCUCUCCUGUUCAACAUCUUCAUGAACAUUGCGCUAUAUCUCUUCUACACAGCGAUAUGCUUCUUCUCCGCGCGACCCCCUACAAUGUUGGCAAAGCGAAUAAACCCACUCGUUGCGGAAUCAAAGCUCGCAAGGCGGCUACCACAGAUCAUGCAGCGUGCUAUUACGAUUCAAAAAAUGCCACGUGAGCAGAUGAUUGCUGUUUGUUUCUGUGGCGCGGCUAAGACUACUAGUCUCGGGAUUCCGUUGGUGACGGCUAUGUGGAAUGCUUCGGAUGAUUUGACGAGAGCGUUUAUUCAGAUUCCUGUGUUGCUGUAUACGAUUGAGCAGGUUUUCAUGGCACAGAUUAUAGUCUAUGUGUUUAAAUGGUAUAUGAGAAGGAAAGCGAAAGAGGAUAAUCAUGCCAGCGACAUGGAAUAUUAG